AUGGCAGAGGUCCAUGGCACAUAUGACCCCGCAUUCGAUUCUGUUCGCGAUCUACUGAAUCAACGCCUUUCUUCGGGCGCUGAACUGGGAGCCUCUCUCUAUGUCGACAUAGAUGGAAAGAGUGUUUUGGAUUUAUGGGGUGGUUAUGCCGACAAGGCAAAAACGCGCCCCUGGGGAAAAGACACAGUGGCUCCCGUUUGGUCUUGCUCCAAGGUUAUCACAAAUUUGGCAGCUUUGAUUCUUAUUGAUCGCGGUCUCCUAGACCCCAAUGAGAAUGCCGCGAAAUACUGGCCAGAGUUCGCUAUCAAUGGGAAGGACAAUAUCAAAGUGUCACACGUCCUCAGCCAUGCGGCGGGACUUCCAGCGUGGGAGGCACCUAUCACCAGCGAGGAUGUCUACGACUGGAAGGAUGCCACUGAGAGACUUGCAAAUCAGACUCCUUGGUGGACCCCUGGCGAGGGAAGUGGGUAUCACCUUAUAACCCAGGGUCACCUUGUCGGCGAGACUAUCCGUCGAGUGACUGGGAAACUGAUAGAGCAGUUUGUCGCAGAGGAAAUCACUCGCCCCCUAGGCGCUGAUUUCACCUAUGGAUUGACGGAGGACCAAUGGUCACAUUCGGUAGAUACUCUGCCCCCACCGCCAUUGCCGUUCGAAAAUCUCGAUCCGAAUAGCAUUACUACUCGCGCGAUUAUCGGCAGUCCUCUUCCAGCCGAACUGACAACGACAUCGGGAUUCAGAAAGGCCGUUAUCCCUGCAAGCAAUGGAUUCUGCAAUGCACGUGGGUUGGCUCGAAUUGGCUCCAUGGUCUCACUCGGUGGUACCGUAGAGAAUAUCCCUAUGGUGAAACCCAGCACCAUUGACAAGCUUUUCGAAGAGCAAACCAAUGGAAUCGAUCAGAUUAUCUUUGAACAUGUUCGCUUUGGACUUGGUGUGGCACUGGCGGAUUCACGAACUCGCUCGUGGAUUCCAGAGGGUGAUAUCUGCUAUUGGGGUGGCUGGGGUGGCUCUAUUAUUAUCAUGGAUCGUGAACGCCGCAUGACUAUCGGCUAUGCCAUGAAUGAUAUGUGCGCCAUUGGAACUUUAGGCAACGACAAUACCGAGGCUUAUGUGAAGGAGAUCUAUCAUAUCGUGGACCAGAUGCUCUCUGAAACUCUGUGA